UCCUCAAAACGCUUGUCGUCCUUACUCUCGUUGUGAGACAUACGGCUAACGUGAUCACAGAUGUAAAUAGUGACACAAGUCACUACUUAAAAGGCGGAGCACAGAAUAAAAAAGGGGGGGCGGAAAUAGUUGCUCAAAAAUGGCGGCAGUGUAAGAAUGCCGGGCCAUAGGUCAGCUGUUACCCGGAAGAACCCAUGUAAAGGAGGGGGCGAUGAGGCAAUCCGGAAGUGGAUAUAAUGAAGAGGUGCCACUUGGCGGCCAUGGCUGCGGUAGUAUCUGUGGCUCCGGGUCAAAGCCCAGCGGAGAGGAGUGAUAAGGGGAGCACCGGCUAUAGGGCGGAGGGAGCUUUGUAUCGGAUUCGCUGCUGAACUCCAGUCUCUUCGUUAGAGACGUACAGGACUCCUUUCCUCAUUCGAAACUCGAAGGAGAGUUUGCCGAGACUGGUGGGCUGGUUCCAGCUGGGGGGAUCACCGGUUCCAGCAGGGUGCCCCAAAGAGCUAGGGGUGCCGGGAGGACGAAUAAGUUCGCUUGGGUUUUCCUCCUUUUCCUGCUGCCGCCUGCAACGUUGUCUGUGGAGAGAGUGGGCCCAUUGUGCCCUUCUCAUUCCGACCAUUGAAGGAAUCGCUUCUUGGCGUAUUUUUUCCCCAUUGACUUUUCUCAUCUCUGUUAACGCACCGGAAUCCAGGGACUGGAGUCAGAAAACUCGGGCUGGGGACCUAAGAUUGCUGAAAGUUCUCUCUGAUGCUACUAUCAGCCCACGGGGGCUGUUUCCAGGUACGCUCACGAGAAAGGCGCUCCGUGAACAUCUCCGCCGGCAGGGAGGACGGAAGAACUGGAAAGUCCCUCUCGUUCUCUUGGAAUCACGGCGCGCGUGUAAGAACCCGUGGAAGCCACUGAAAAUCUGUAGUCCGGUGGUGGUGGGCGCGUACAGGAGGGCAGAAUGGAUGAUUUCAUCUCCAUCAGCCUGCUGUCUCUGGCUAUGCUGGCGGGAUGUUACGUGGCUGGAAUCAUUCCCUUGGCUGUUAAUUUCUCGGAGGAGCGACUAAAGCUAGUGACUGUUUUGGGUGCCGGCCUUCUCUGUGGAACUGCACUGGCAGUCAUCGUGCCUGAAGGAGUACAUGCACUUUAUGAAGAUAUUCUUGAGGGAAAACACCACCAAGGGAGUGAAACACAGGAUGUGAUUGCCUCAGACAAAGCAGCAGUAAUACCAGUUGCCCAUGAACAUGAGCACAGCCAUGACCACCACACACAGCUGCAUGCCUAUAUUGGUGUUUCCUUGGUACUGGGCUUUGUUUUCAUGUUGCUGGUGGACCAGAUUGGCAGCUCCCACGUGUAUGCUACUGAUGAUCCAGAAGCAGCAAGGCCUAGCAAUUCCAAAAUCACCACCACGCUGGGUCUGGUCGUCCAUGCUGCAGCUGAUGGUGUUGCAUUGGGAGCAGCAGCUUCUACUUCACAGACUAGUGUCCAGUUAAUUGUGUUUGUGGCAAUAAUGCUACAUAAGGCACCAGCUGCUUUUGGGCUGGUUUCGUUCUUAAUGCAUGCUGGCCUAGAGCGGAAUCGAAUCAGAAAGCACUUACUGGUCUUUGCACUGGCAGCACCAGUUAUGUCCAUGGUGACAUUCCUAGGACUAAGUAAGAGCAGUAAAGAAGCCCUUUCAGAGGUCAAUGCCACUGGAGUGGCCAUGCUUUUCUCUGCCGGGACAUUUCUUUAUGUUGCCACAGUACAUGUCCUCCCUGAGGUGGGCGGAAUGGGGCACAGUCACAAAUCUGAUGCCACUGGAGGGAAAGGCCUCAGCCGCCUGGAGGUGGCAGCCCUGGUUCUGGGUUGCAUCAUCCCACUCAUCCUGUCAGUAGGACACCAGCAUUAAAUGUUCAAGUUCCAGCCUCAGUCCACGGCCGUUUGCCAUCCAGUGAGAACAGCCGACAGAACAGCUGCUCACUUUCUCAGUCUCUUGUCUCACCUUGCCCAUCUCCACCUGUAUUCCUAGAGUCUGGAGGGAGGUGAGAUUAAAACCUGGAGUAAUGGAAAGCUUUUAGAAUAGAAACAACACAUUGCAAGUGGAUAUAGACAUUCCAUUGUGUUGUCUUUUAAAAGGCCCUGGGCAUUUUGAGUUUUGAUGUUUCUCUUAACCCUAUUCUCAGGGAAGAUGGAAUGCAGUUCUAAGGAAAAGUCUCCACAAUGAAAUAGUAAUUAUGACAGUACAGUGUUCUGUAAUUAAGCGAAAUCUCUUAAUUUAGAGGCUCUGCCACUUUAUGCAUUGAUUUUUAAGAUGGGUCUCACCGUGGAAAAUUGGUGCUUUAGCAUCUAUGCCACAUGCCUUGAUAGAAGGUCAUAAUGCCUGCUGUCUUAGAUGCUAAAGAUAACUGUAGUUAAUUUGGGGCUCGAGUCAAAAAAAUGAUGGCAAGACACAUUGAAAGUUGACUUUAUACUCAAGAGCUGUCCCCUGCAAAGGGGCUGUCCGAGGACUUUAACUUCCUUCUGCAGGUGCCUCUUUGAAGAGAGCCUGCCAUAGAGCAACAGCAGUGGACUGGCUUCUAAAGAGGUGACUCGUACUUAGUAGCAUUUCUUUUCAAGUUCUCCUUUGCAGAACACCUGCCUCCAACACAUUCUUAUGAGGAGCCAAGUUCUAGUAGGUUCAGGCCUAGGCUUUCCUUCAAGAACAGUCAGAUCCCAAAGUAUCUUUGGAAAUUAAGUGGUGUUAAAUUUUAAGUGAAUUUGGAUAGUUACUGACAUCUUUGUAACAGCCUUUUUAAAAGUAAGAUUAUCAAAACCUAAGUUGUCCUUUUUUUUUUUUAAGUAUUUAUCUUAGCAGACCAGCAGUCCCUCUGACAAAAUACUGGGUUUCUCUUGGGGGGUGCUCAGUCAGCGUCACCUCAGCACCAGCAGUGAAGAAAGUCAAGAUGUAUCGCAAAUGGGAAAUGUUGGCCUGUUCAUUUAAAGCUUAUUGAAAUAAUG